ACGUCAUCGAAAAGAUACCGGUACAAUAUGCAGCUAAGCAGGCUUCUAGCAAAAUUUCGCAAAGUGUCAAACAAUAAUUCUGAGGAUCCAAUUCUCAUCCUCGUCCUCCACAGCUGGGUUCUUGGGCUUUGGGCUUCAUAAUAUUGCUUCUUGUGUUGUGCUUGUUGUUGUUGUUGUUGACCAUGUCGCCACCGCUCUAUGUCAAGGCCGUAGGGUCCGUCAGCAGCAUCAUGCUAGGGACGUUGGGAUUGAGGCACAUUGCCGCACCUGGACGCCCCAUUCCUCUGCUGCCCAACGAUGCCGCAUUCCAGAGACACCUGUGGGCGGGGCUGGAGGCUUCAGAAUUGUCUCCUGGUCAGAUGGCAUGUGGCCACCUUUUAGGAUUCGCCAUGUUGGGAUUGGCCGUGAGCAAACUGACGACCCUCUUUUCGGGAAAAGAAGGAACUUAUUUGAGACGAAAUCUCUUGUUGGCGUUUGGUGCCUUGGAUAUUGUCAUGUCCACCAGCUUGUUGCAGUUCGAAAAAGGAUUCCAAGUGGCCGGGGCCAGCGUCAAGUACUUUUCCUUGAUGCAGUUUGUAGAAGGUGCCGUCUUUUUGUACGAUGGCCUGUUUCGACCCAGGCCGCCAAAGCCAUCUACAAAAGCGGCCAAAGGACAGUAAUCUAUGCAUCGCAUUAGUCUAUUUCUGAUUGUGACAUUGGAGAUUUCGAAUAUGGCUUGAAUUGAAUAAAUGAAGACUUGCAGUCAAAUCGAAGAAAUUCAACAAUACGCAAAGGAUUGAUGUUACAACAAUUUGGUGGGUUGGUCGCCCGCAAACUAAAUGCAUACGAAUAGUUUUGAUUCAUGUGAAGGACAAUUUGACAGUGUAUGUUGCCAUGUACCGAUAGCAUUUCUUGUUGCGUCUUUGAGCGUUUCAUCUCUAGAAGAACUAGCACCAGAAGCAUCCAUUCCUCGUUCAGCUUUUUAUA